UUCUGGAAGCAGCUUCACUGACUCAUGGAUCCUGGAGUGGAUGGGAACCACACUUCAGUGACCAGGUUCAUAUUAUUGGGCUUAACACAUGAUCCAGUCCUUCGGGUCGUCCUCUUCGUGAUCAUCCUGUGCAUCUACCUGGUGACCGUAUUUGGCAAUCUCAGCACAAUCAUCCUGAUUAGAAUCUCCUCUCAGCUCCAUCGUCCCAUGUACUUUUUUCUGAGUCACUUGGCUUUUGCUGACAUAGGCUACUCAUCUUCUGUCACACCCAAUAUGCUUGUAAACUUCUUUGUGGAAAGAAAUACAAUCUCCUACCUUGGUUGUGGCCUUCAACUUGGUGUAGCCGCUUUCUUUGGGGGAACUGAGUGCCUCCUUCUGGCUGCCAUGGCAUAUGAUCGCUUCGUGGCCAUCUGCAACCCACUGCUUUAUUCAGCCAAGAUGUCCACGCAAGUCUGUGCACAGUUACUCUUAGUUGCCUAUAUGGGUGGUUUGGUCGAAUCUUGUUCCUUUAUUAUUUGUGUGUUUUCUUUAGUAUUCUGUGGACCCAAUGUAGUCAAUCAUUUUUUCUGUGAUUUUGCACCUUUACUUGAACUCUCUUGUUCUGAUAUUAGUAUCCUUGCAGUCUUGCCUACGCUUUCUGCUAGCUCCAACAUUGUUGUCUCAGUGAUUGUCAUUGCUGUCUCCUACAUAUACAUCCUCAUUACCAUCAUGAGGAUGCACUCAACCGAGGGGCGUCGCAAGGCCUUCUCCACCUGUACCUCCCACCUCACUGCAGUCACUCUGUUCUAUGGGACUGUUAUAUUCAUUUAUGUGAUGCCCAAGUCCAGCUUCUCAACUGACCAGAACAAGGUAGUGUCUGUGUUCUACAUGGUGGUCAUCCCCAUGUUGAACCCCCUCAUCUACAGUCUCAGGAAUACUGAGAUUAAAGGUGCUUUGAAGAGACAACUUGGAAGAAAAAUAUUUUCUUAG